AUGGCCAAGUUCCUAAAAGAGAUGUGUAUUGUCAAGAGAGACGCGAGUGUCCAUAAAAAAGCAUUUUUGACCCAACAAGUUAGUUCCGUAAUCUCACAAAAGUACCCAGUCAAAUUUAAAGAUCCUGGUUGUCCUACUGUCACAUGUGUCAUAGGUAAACAAACGAUAGACAGUGCUCUAUUAUAUCUCGGGGCUAGUGUGAAUCUGUUACCGUUCUCGGUAUAUGAACAACUUGGACUAGGUGAGAUGAAACCAACUAGGAUAACACUACAGUUAGCCGAUAGGUCAGUCAAAAUCCCACGUGGAAUUAUUGAAGACGUUUUGGUUCAGGUAGAAAACUUUAUCUAUCCAGUUGAUUUUGUGAUUUUAUACACUCAACCUGUCUCUAGUCAAGAUAUUAAUAUCCCAAUCAUCCUAGGUCGUCCGUUUCUAGCCACUGCAAAUGCAGUCAUACAAUGUCAAACUGGCCUAGUAGAAUUUUCCUUUGGGAAUCAGAAAAUCUCGGUGAACGUUUUGAAGGCGUCACAAGCCCCACCGGACCCUGAACACUAUGAGUCUAUAUGCAUGAUUGAUUCUCUAGUUGAGAAUACCUUUACCACCAAUAGUGUUAGCGAUCCUUUAGAGGCGUGCUUGGCCCACUUUGGAGCCUACUAUGAUGAGGAUAGUCAUUUUGAAGAAGUUAAUCAUUGUUAG